UGAGGAUCAAGUAUUUUUGACCCGAUCUCAUGUGAACGACUUCAAAGUGUACACUCUAUGUCAGUCAGUGAACUUUCAAAGUACCUCCAGAUGGAACAUGUAUGGAUAUUCGCUUCCAGUGUCCUCCGCGACUGUUUAAUUUAGAAAUAUUUGAAUUGCUGUGUUUAGAAAAAUCUUCUAGCUUGGCUGUCACACCCAAAUAAUGAGGAACGGUUUAGAAUAAUCAAGUCGUUCGGGAGUCGCAAAAUUUGAAACUGUUGCAGCUGCUAGAAGAGCUAGUUCAGGGUAGCUGGGAAGCUGUGGUGAGGGCAAUAACAGCGGGUUUUUAAUUAGUCAGUGUACUUGGCCACAGUACUUACAAAAUCAGCAGGAUCCCAUCUAGAGAAGCAAGUGGACGGAAACUUACAGGAACUGGCAGAUUAGAGAUGGAAGGAGAUGAGUGCAGUUUUCCUCCAGAUUCAUCAGAUGAUCACUCACUAAGAGGAAGUGUGGCUUCUUCUGCAACACUAUCCCGUGCUCAAGAUGUGCUUAUAUACUUGUUUGGUGACAGUGCAGUACACUUAACUCUAGAAGGGCUCGGCACUGUCACCGUGCAAGAGCUGGGCCGCAACGUUCGUGAAGCUCUCCAUAUUCCUGAGUCUGUACAGGAUGUUUUUGCCUUCUGGCUUUGCUCUCCACUGCUCGAACUGCAGUUAAAGACAAGGCAUCAACCGUACAAGUUGUGUCGGCAGUGGCACGACUUGCUUUAUCGCUUCACCGAGGCUUCAGAGGAAGACAUUUCACAAGAUGAACCAUGUCUCCAGUACAGACGCAGUGUGUUUUAUCCGAAAUCUAAAGAGCUGCAGAUACAAGAGGAAGGAGUGUUGCGACUUCUUUAUGAGGAAGCCAGGAGCAACAUCCUCACCGGUCGAUACCCCUGCGACCCUGAGCAUUGGACUAGUCUUGGAGCUUUGUCUAUUGCUCUCGAUGAGGGAACUAGUCUGGACAGCAAACAGUUUACUACAACUAUAAGGGAGAAGAAGCUGUCUUCUUAUCUGCCUGCACAUGUCACCAUGGGGAGCGGAGGCUUGUUCUCUACUUUGCGAGGGAAGUCAAGCCGUCAGGUCGGGCUGGAGCAGAACCUUUUUAAGGAGUACAGUAAGAUCUGCACAUCUGCUGCAAGCUCUCCCGAGCCCACGCAGCUCCUACACCAGUACCUCAACACGUGUCACACGCUGCCUUAUUAUGGGUGUGCUUUCUUCUUUGGGGAGAUUGACAAACCAGCGCAGGGGAUCCUGCAAAGGGGAAAACGUAAAGCUGUCAACAUCGGGAUCUGCCUGGAAGGUGUUUAUGUGAUGGAUGUCAAAGAGAAGCACGUGCUGCUUGGCCUGCGCUUCAGUGAGCUCUCCUGGGACCACAGCUACCCGGAGGAGGAGGGGGAUUCACACAUCCUGUGGCUGGAGUUUGAUGGAGAUGAAGACGGCACUCCUGUCAACAAGUUGCUAAAGAUCUACUCAAAACAGGCGGAGCUCAUGAGCGGCUUCAUCGAGUUCUGCGUGGAGCUUAAGUCUGCGUCCGAGGGGGCAGCUGCAGCCGAGAUGGACGGCGAGGUGAGUUUGUCACAGCAGCCCGGCGGACAGGAAGAAAGGAGCAAGAAUGGGCGUGGCGGAAGGCGCGGGAUGCUGCACAGGCAAGGCAGCGUUGUGUGCAGCAGAGUCCAGUCGCUUAACACCAUCAGCUACGUCGAUGACGGAAAAGAAAUCAAACGCUUGAAGCCCAAGAGAGCCGCGUCUUUCUUCGCCCGACAGGCGUCUGCAGUGUCCUACUCUGCAGUGCAAACAGAGAGUCUGGAGCAGGGUUAAAGUCGCCCAUCAGAUCUGACCCGAUCCUCUCAGAGACCAAAUCUGAACAUUUUACACUGAGAUUUAAAACAAAAAAAAAAGGAGAGAUGUACUUUGAGCUUGAGACAUUUAUCUGCUAAUAUAUGAACAUGUAAAGGACCAAAUGACAGCAAUCCAAGUGUGAGUGACAAUAUUUAUCUUCUGAAGUUGUGUACAUUAAGCGAGUACAGUAAUGUGAAAAAAGAUCUAGCAGCUAUGCUUCCAAGGUUCAACUGAAGUGGGUGUUCCUUAAACAGCCUAUUGUAAAGAUCAUAUGAUGAAUAAGUGUGAGACAAGCCUUAUAAUAAUCCUCAAACAGUGACUCCAGUCAAUAACUGUUUUUGACCUUUCUGCAGCGCUCUGGAAGCGGAUUUACUGCUAUUAUUCAAACAUGUUGCACCUCAAAUGAGUAUAACCACUGCAUUACCUCUACUCAUCUUAUCGGGGAUUGAGCAUUAAGAAUAUUUAAAGCUUUCGUGACUCCACCUCAGACUUUAAGCGAUACCACAAACGGCAACAGUCAGCAUGACAAACAUUUUUCAGGGGACUAUCUAAGGGUGCAUUUCCGCUAUUCUGCUUUUUUCAAACUGCCAGUGCCUUGAUCUCUACAAAGGGUGAAGCCACUUCAGAAAAAGUAGAAACGUGUCGCGUCCGGCUAUCCUGACCAUAAACAAUCCUUAUGGGAGCACAUUGGCUGUGUUGUGGAGGACUUUUGUAAGUACAGGAGUUUUUGACAAAGUCAAUAUUAAGCGAUAUCUGCAGCUAGUUUGAAAGAGGUGGCACGACGACCUGCUUUAAAAAUGUGAGUUUUAAAACUUCUUGUUAAAGAAGCUGCAGUUCUGUGGUCACAGUAUCAAGUGUUUAAAUGGAUUUGCACUAAUAAAAGAAUUGAAUUAAAGCUAUAAAACUGUAGAACCUGUGUAGGAAAAAAUAUAUUCAUCUAAAGAUCAUCCAGCACUGCCGCACCAUGCUUGUAUUCAAAUGUUAAAUUUCAAAGCAUGGACGAUUAGUACAAGCGAUCUGUCGGCACAGUCUAACCUGACUGUUGGACCUGAUGAGCAAGAAAACUGAUGCAAUACUGUUCUUGUGCAACUUCUGACAUGACAGAAGAUAAAUUGAAAGUGUAGACAUUAAAGAAACUAACAGUGUUGUUUUUCUGCAAACACGGUCACUGUUGACAUCAUUGGGGAAAAAGGCCUCGUUUUCAGCUUUACGACGAUUCAUUUACCAAUGCAAAGAAUUUCAUUACUUGAUUAUUAGAUUUAUAUAGCAUUAAAACAAUUUCUGCUUCACUUUAUCUCCAAAAGCUAACCAAUCUGUUGACCCGGUUGUCACUAGAGAGCGACUGUGUGUUCUGAACACAAAACAAGGACCAAGUUGUGGCCACACUGUUGAAAAUCUUAAGUCUUUCCACCAAAGCAAGCCUGUCUGACAUGCUGCAACCAAGUGUGUGCUACCUUAACGCUGCAGAGACAGAUUUUAGCCUCCAGCACUUGGCAGAGUCCCCCGGGUGUCACUCUGAACCCCACACUAAUGCUAAGGGAGGCAGUUUCUGUCUCCACAUCUCUGUAAUAGCGCCUUCCACUUGAACACGUGCCCUCGUUGGAGAUGUGGCGGCACAUGCGGUCUAUUCUUCUCGAUUUUCCUCAGCAUGCAAACGGCAGAAUGUCCUUACUUUUCUAUGCUUCAACUUGUGUAUCAGCUGCUGUCUGUAUACUAACGCCAGCAGCUCAGUAUGUUGUUGCCAACAAACACUAUGCAUGUCACGUUGUAGAAUAGGCAUUCCGACAGUCUACACAUCAUGUGAUGCUGCACUUGUUAAUACUAAUACACUGUUUCUAAACAUUUUACAGCAGGAGAUUUGUUUUGUAUUGUUUGUUAGCUUUUAUGAGAGAACACUUUUACUUUCUUUUGGUUUGUUUUCAUGUACUUGCCAGUGUUUGUAUAUGUUAAUGAAGAAAUAGGUCUCAAACACUUUACAGAAGCUUAAAGUGCCUUUUUUGUUUCUACUGGGUUGGCGUCUAAAUUACUGUUUUGGUGCAUUGAAACCAGAAAAUGGACAGUUGUGGUAUUGCUAUGGUUUAAAAUGAUGUAUUUCCUUUAUGUUAUGUGAUGUGAGUAUAUUUGAGUAACUGGAUGGCGGAUGUUGAACAGUGUACUGUAAUUCCUCUCGGUUGUCAGCUCGGCCUUCAUUAAAAUUAUGAGAUGAUGGAAAGUGGCCCCGUUUUUCUGAACAUACCUGUCAUCAAAUAUUCCUUCCUCAGUCUGCUACCUGCUGCUUAAGUGUACUAAAGCCAUAUUUUAACCAAUAUGUUAUUCUGCAUAUGAUUUAAUAACAUAACGUCAUGCAAACUUCUCAUCAGUAUUUCUGUGGCAUUUUGUUUUACUUAAACACUUGCAGUUGUAGAAUAAUGUUAGAGUCGAGCCAACAAUUUCUUAACUGAGGUGCCAUCUUAGCUAGAUCCAUUUCAAAUUGUUUGGGGAAAUAAGUUCAUUGUUAAAUGUUUAUGUUUUAAUAUAUGGCAGGUAUGAUAAGAGUUGAUAUAUAUGUAGAAAGCUUGGUGAGUGCUCCUGUGGAAAUGAUUUAACAUGCACCUAAAACCUCUGAUUUUCUGCUUUCACAAAUGAUUUUCAAAUACCUGAACUAUAUCCCAGAUUAUUAUUCCUCUAUGAUUUUUAUGUUCAUGAUAAAAUAUAGACUUUUGUCACAUUUUAAAUCUUAUAAUAAAAGUGUUUUUUUCCUCUGA